AUGUCCAUCACUACAAUCAACGACCAGCUUUGGUUUAGUGAGACUGAGGCUAUGUGGCCAGGUCAAAAAUUUGCUCUUCAAGUGGAAAAAGUUUUGUUUCAAGGCAAAUCGGAUUUCCAAGACGUUUUAGUCUUCAAAUCGACCACAUAUGGCAACGUGCUAGUGCUUGAUGGUGUGAUUCAGCUCACAGAGCGCGACGAGUUUGCGUACCAGGAAAUGAUCACUCAUCUUCCCAUGUUUGCACACAAACAACCCAAGCGCGUCCUUAUUGUAGGUGGUGGCGAUGGUGGUGUACUACGUGAAGUCAUCAAACACGAUUGCGUGGAAGAGAUUAUUAUGUGUGAAAUCGACUCCAUGGUCUGCGACGUCUCGAAGAAAUUUUUUACGGAAACGGUGGCCACAGCUUUUAAUGAUCCGCGCGUGACUCUUUUGCAUGCUGACGCUGCUCUUUAUCUUCACGAAAAUACUACCAACAAGUUCGAUGUUGUCAUUGUCGACUCGUCGGAUCCGGUAGGACCCGCUGAGGUCCUUUACAAAGCCGAAUUUUACCAAAGCAUGAAGAAUGCGCUAUCACCUGAUGGUGUCAUCUGUACUCAGGGUGAGUGCCUUUGGCUGCACCUUGACCUCAUUGUAGACGUCAUGCAACGUUGUCAGAGUCUCUUUUCUACCGUCAACUAUGCGUACUCGACAAUACCAACCUAUCCCUCGGGUCAAAUUGGGUUCAUUAUGUGUUCGUCCGGUCAAAGCGUGGACAAACCCAAGCGGACGCCUGACGCUAAGAUGAGUAAGACAUUACGCUACUAUAGUGCCAAAAUCCAUGAGGCCUCAUUUGUACUGCCUGGCUUUGCUGAGCAAAAAAUUGCCACCGUGCGCAAGUGA